AAAGGCUAAAGCCUCUCACUUAUUUAGCCGGCCUGCACCCUUCCUUCUCCUUCUCACUCUGCACGUACUCCAUUGCCCUUCCUUUGGUUGAUUUCUCAGCUAGCUGCUUAUUAACACAGACCAAGGAGACAACUACACAAGGCUUAUCACUCAUCAGCUAGCCGCGCGCAUAGUAGGUGUAGUAUCACAUGGGGAUCCAAGGGGUGAAGAAGCUGCAUAAUCAGCAUCGCCAUGACAUGCGAGUGCAAAAUCACCGCCAAGACGGCAACAAGGUCUGGGUCCUAGGCCCUGCCGGGAUCACGCUUCUACUGCAACAGCUCAAUCCCGUCAAGAUCAGUCGGCCACGGCACGCCGCCACCAUGGAGGAGGAAGGUGGGGAAGGAGAGGAGGAAGGGGCGGUGACGCCGAGAGGGGAAGGGUGCAUGAUACCCGCCGAGGCGGCGACGUGCCCGCCGGCUCCGAAGAAGCCCAGGACGGCGGUGUCGAUCGUCAGUAGCAGCGCCGCCGGUCGCCGGUGCAACUGCGACGACGGCGAGGCGCUCGAGUUCUUCCGCGUGCCGGCGGAUUUGGAGGCCGUCUUUAUCAGCCGAGCUGCCAAGGGAAAUUAAUGAAUCAAUUGUGUAUGUAAUGCUCGAAUUCAAGUGAUCGAGGACUAAGGGCGAAGCAGUGCUUGAGUGAGUGAAUGUGAGUGAGAGUACGUGGUAGAGUGCAGUUAAGUUGUAAAGAUUCCCUUGUAGCACAUGUUUAUGCGAGUCUUGAUUUUGUGAAGUUUUGUUGGAUGGAAUGACUAUUCCUUCAGGAAAUUAUA